AUGCGCAUCUUCGCUCUUCCAGUCAUACUUCUUGCCAGUCUCGUAGUGGGCGCCGAUGCUGCAUGCACCAAGCCUCCAGCCGGAGCAAUCAUUGUGGAUCAAUCCGGCGCCCAUAGCGGUUACCGUACCAUUAAGGACGCCGUAGGCAAACUGAAUGUUGACACGACAGUGCAGCAAACUAUCUUCAUCUACAAGGGCACGUACCAAGAACAAGUCGUCAUCUCGAAGUUGAAGAGCACACUAGUGCUGCAAGGAUACACAUGCGAUAAGAUGUCGUACGAUAAGAAUGAAGUCACGAUCACCCACAAAAUGUCGCAGCAGGACAUUACUCCUCACCCGGGUGUGGAUUCAAACGAUCUUGUCAGUACGCUCAGAAUCGGCACCGACAACGUGCAGGUGUACAACCUCAAUCUCGCCAACACGGCCGAUCCAACUCCUCAAAAAGGCCAGGCUCCGGCCCUGAGCGUCGCAUGUAAGCAAUGCGCUUUCUACGCUUGCAGCAUCACUGGACAUCAGGAUACCUUGUUCGCCAACAGGGGUUAUCAAUUCUAUAGUCGGUCGCACGUGGUGGGUACGGUCGACUUCAUCUUUGGCAAUGCUCGAGCUUGGUUUGAAUCGUGCGACAUUGAGUCUGUCGGUCCCGGAUAUAUCACUGCCAACGGCCGAGGCUCCAAAGACGACGAGUCUUUCUUUGUAUUGAACAAGGCGCGUGUGUCUAGCUUAUCACCCGGAAAGGUCUACCUCGGUCGCCCUUGGAGAGCGUUCGCACGCGUGGUGUUCCAACAGUGCGAUCUUGGCGGAAACAUCAACGCGGCCGGCUGGACCUUAAUGAGCAAGGGCAUGGCCACGUCCAACGUAUUUUUAAAAGAAUACAAAGAUGCUAAUACAACCAUCGAUGGUCGGGUGUCCUAUAGUGGACAGUUGGACGGUCCUAUCGCUAUUAGAGAUAUUCUUGGUGAGGACUUUCAAACGUUUGUCAACAAGGAUUAUUUGUAG